GCGGAGCAAUUAUUUUUUUGGGAGCGCAGCUUUACGCUAUUAGAGCUCGCUAUAUAGUAGUUUGGAAAGCUGCAGUCCAGCGAGUGCCAGCGCUGCCAGCACGCUAGUCGACGCCGCAUUGCGCCGCCCCCCGGCAUCUCGGUUCCUACAGCAGGCUAGAACUUGACGCUAGCCGACGCGUCGUGCGCCCCCAGCAGCUCCAUAGCCGAGCACCAGCGACGGCGCCCGUCCUCCGCAAGCGCAUGCAACGGGCCGUCCCGGCGGCGCCGGUCGCGACGCCCGAGAGCCAGAGCCGCCCCAAGAUGAAGCAACCAGCCGCCGAAAAGACGAAGCUGCCCACGACGUUGGUAGCGGCGUUGCUCUGCGCUUUUUCGGUCACGCAAGCGCUCGCGGCCAUCGCGUCGAAAGGCGGCCAGCGAGAGUACCCCUACAAGGUCGUCGCGUCCACAUUAUUAUCCGAAACCUUCAAGAUCGUGUGUUCAGCAUUUUUUCUCAUGAGAGAGUUAUCAACUCUAAACGAAAUAGACCGGAAACGAGCGUUGCAGUGCACGGCCGCUUCCGUAGCGACGGCCGCCGUGCCGGGCGUCGCGUACCAAGUGCUCAACAACCUGAAUUUUGUUACUUUAUAUUAUGUCGACGCGCCGACGUUUCAGAUCCUCGGGAAUUUGAAGAUCGUCGCGACGGGCUUGGCGGGUCAAGUUUUACUAUCAAGGAAAUUAUCUAGAGGAAAAUGGCUCGCCCUGACACUACUCACGAUCGGCGCCGCGGUGUCGCAAUUAACGUCGACUUCGGAUCAUUUGUUCGAAGGGGCUUUGUUCGGCUACGCGUCGGCGCUCGUCUGUGUUUUUCUAAGUGCGACGAUGGGUGUUUUUACGGAGGCCUUCAUGAAGGGCAACAAGGCGUCGAUCCACUUCCAGAACGUCCAGUUAUAUGUAUUUGGCAUCUUAGCUAAUCUAUGCGCUUUGAUCUAUCGCAACGAGAUCGGUCCUUCCGCCUCGACGUCGCUGUUUCACGGCUUCAACGGCUGGGCGUGCGUCGUGGUGGUGGCGAACGGUAGUUGUGGCCUGGCGGUGUCCUUUUUGUUGCGGUACGCUGACUCCAUCGCCAAAACGUAUGCUACCGCUCUCAGCAUCCCGGCGACGUCGUUGGCGUCCUAUAUUUGCUUCGGGUCGCCGAUUGGGGCCGCGAACGUGCUCGGUUCGGGCGUCAUGGUCAUCAGCCUGAUCUACUACUACGCCGGCGCGGCGUUGUUUGAGGGGGAGAGCUGCUAGGGCCUAAGUUAUGCUACGUAUG